ACGCAUUCACACACUGACACCGCUGGAACGUGUACACGAUGGGGGAAUCUGAAGACUUGGGCGGUUUGCAUAGUUUCAGUACUGAUGCCAUCCAUGCAGGGGUGGAUCCUAUGCAGUGGAGUCACAGGGCUGUUGUUCCACCAAUCACCUUGGCAACAACGUUCCGGAUUGAGGAACCCACGCGAGGAGCGAAAUUUUACUACUCCCGAGGAAACAACCCGAACCGCAGCUGUCUUCAAGAAUGUCUAGCAGCACUGGAAGGGGCGAAAUCAGCGUAUUGUUUCUCCUCUGGCAUGGCAGCUACAAUGACAGCCGCCCACCUCCUCACGUCCGGCGACAACGUGGUAUGUUCUGCAGACGUCUAUGGAGGGACAUUCAGAUAUUUCAAGUAUUGCGCGGUAAAGAUGGGAAUAAAAAACGACCUUCGCUGACUUCUUUGAUUUAGCCAAGCUUGAAGCGGCACUGGAUUGCCAACCUAAAAUGGUCUGGUUUGAAGUGGUGACCAAUCCAACUUUGAAAAUGACUGAUAUCGAAGCCGUCGUUGCUUUAGUCAGGAAAAAGGUCCCAGAUGCGCUGAUCUGCGUCGAUAACACAUUUCUCACUCCGUAUCUACAUAAACCACUUGACUAUGGUGUAGACAUCGUGAUGCACUCAAUCACCAAAUACAUGAACGGCCACAGCGAUGUUUUGAUGGGUUCUCUGGCAACAAAUGAUGAAAAAAUAGCCGAACAAAUCAAGUUCUUUCAAAUGGCUCUCGGAGCCGUCCCUUCCCCCUUUGACUGCUACAUGGUACAGCGUGGACUGAAAACACUUGCCAUCCGACUGAGGGAGCAUUGUAGCAACGCUAAAGUCGUUGCUGAAUACCUGGAGGGUCAUCCCAUGAUUGACAAAGUUCUUUACCCUGGCUUAGCUUCUUAUUCACAACACGGUCUAGCUAACAGGUUGUUGAAAGAAUACGGAGGGAUGGUGAGCUUCUACGUCAAAGGGUCGGGAGAACAAACCAGGAGAUUUCUGAAAAAUCUAAAGAUAAUCAGCCUUGGGUUUAGUCUUGGGGGAUACGAGAGUCUGGCAGAGUUACCGAUUACCAUGACUCACAGCCAGUUGUCAGACGAGGCCAAGGACGCAAUCGGUGUGACCAACACCCUUGUACGACUGUCGGUGGGACUGGAAAACCCAACGGAUUUGUCCAAAGAUCUUGAUCGCGCCUUGAGGGCGGCAAUGGUGUAAUGAUACAAUAUCUUAUACCUCCCGCCGAACAUUCUAAUGUCAUUGUCACCUUACCUUAAGUAAACGUCAUUAGUUUCGAGACAGCAUUACAAUUGUGAUGUUAGAUAUAUUCCAUGCAAAUGUUGGCAAUUUGAUGUCUCCAAUGCAAAGACGACAGAUCAUUAUUAUUCAGAUAUCAUUAUCCAAAUGUGAUGAUGGUACAGUGAGAAUAGCUUCUUGUAACUACAUAUAUCAGUCAACUGUAUUCAGUAGAAAUUGUAAAUGAAAAAGGAAAUAAAUGUGUAAUCGGUGUCA